AUGCAUCCAAAGAAAGCUGAAGAUAAUGAUCUACCUCCAUUGAUUCACCAUCUUUAUUUCGAUAGAAUCUACCCAAUAUUACCCAUAGAAUCAACUUUGCAAACUUUCUCAGAAGUCGAAGAAGAUCCGUUCUAUAUUUCAUGUAGAGCUGUGGUCAUGCAAGUUGCCAUCUCUGAAAAUAUGAAUGGUAUCAGUGAACAAACUUUGGCUCUUAUUCAAUUGAUUAUAAAGGAUGAUUACAUCAUAUCUUCAAAUAUUUCCGAAGACGCUAUACAUUCGAUUUUGGUACUAUUAAGAUUAUUAAGUGACAGCAUGGAAUACUAUUGGGAUCAUAUCGAGUCAUACAAAGAGUCUCCUACGGCUGACGUCCCAAAUCCACACCAAUUCGAUCAAUUUAAGGAAUUAGAUAAGGAUGAAAACUAUGAAUUACAGAAAAAAUUUAAUUCUGGUUCCGUGAUGGGGUAUUCUACAAAUAGACCUUGUUUCCACCAAAAACCACCAAAUUUACUAAACCCUGACAUAGCAAGUAAACUAAUAAGACUAUGUUCUAAGGUUAAAUUCAAUACGAGAACUUUAGAAAUUUUACAAAACAUGUGCUCCUAUCUAUAUCCAUCAACUCCAUUGGUCUAUAAUAAUAUUUUGCCAGAGUAUCAAGAAUAUUUGAAACAAAAAAAUUUCCCAGAAUAUACUAAAAUGAUUGAUAUCACUAUCGGCCACAUAUUGCGUUUCGUGACUGCAUCGAAUCCUAACGAAUACUUCGAUUACGUGAGUGAAACUUUGAAAGAACCAUUGCUACCUUCAACUCCUCAUAUAAACAUAUCUGCAGUAAUACAACAAUUUGAAUUAUUAUGUUUUCCAUAUUUGACAAAGGCACUACUACCAAAAUUUUUAGAAUUGAUCAAAAUUAUGUUUUUAUCCACUAAAAAGCAAUUACAUAAAUACCUUCUACUCUUUUAUUCAUCAAAGGCAUUGGUAUUUUGGGUAAUGGCUCGUCCACAAGAAUAUGUCAACGCAUAUCUAACGUUGAAGGCUAAUGACCGUACCGAUCAAUUCACCAAAUCUGUUUCUGAUUUAGUCAACAGUUUAUUCGACGAAAUAUACUCUACAUUCAAUGUUUCAGCUCUAUUAACGAAUAAUCACAAUUCAUCAAUGCAUUCACCAACGAACCUAAAUACAAAUGUGCCGGCUGAAACUCAUUCUGGCUCUUCGGCUAGUACUCCAUUAUCCUCAUUCAAUAAUAACGGUACCAAUAACAAUAACGGUAAUAGUCCACUGUCUAAACAAUUCAGUAAAGUGAAUACUACAGGCCUUACCUCGACGACGUCAACAACUUCCUCACCAUCAUCGCCUUAUGGUUCAAAUGCAUCUACAAACUCUAUUACCAAAGCAAGCAUAAAUAGUCUAUCAACUGAGAUUUCUACAAAUAAUAGUAUAGCAGCUUCAAGUCAACAAAAUUCAGGUCAAUCUCUUUCUAGGAACAAUUCAGUAUCAAAUAUUCCAACUUUAAACGCAUUGUCUUUAUUAGCAUCUCCAAAACAAUCCGUCCCGGACUUGGAGCAAUUCUCGCAAGCUAGACCACCACCAAUUGGGUCUUAUCCUACUACACAUAAAAUGAACGUAAUGAGUCAUAUGGACCAACAAAGUAAAAGAAAACAUCAUAAUCCUGUAUUACCUUCAUUUAAAGAGACUGAUCUCUCCCACUUGGAGAAUAUUUUAGAUCUUUAUACGCAUUUCGAUGAUUUCGAACCUGUAACACAUACAUCAGUUUUGAGGUUUCUGUGCACAUUGCUCAUGUUGGACUCCGAAGUCUUCAUUGAAAUCAAUACAAUGAGCUUCAAGAAACUCUUAGAUUCUGAGGGAUUGGAUAAACCAACGCGGAGUAAUACUUCUGCCAACGCUACGCCGACAGAAAAACCACAACAUGCAAUACAUUUUGCCCAUAACUUGAAAAAAUUCACAUCAUUACAAAGAUCGAAAAAGAAGUCGGUUAAAUUUGUCGCCCAUUUGGUCAAAAAUUUAAACGGAACACAUCUUGUAUCAGAUAUCACUUUACUGGACUCUUUGAGAUCUAUUUUAACUUUAUUGGCAAUGACCUCUUCGGCAUCACUGAAUAACGAAAAGCUGUCAUCGGUCACCUUUUCCAGACGAUUGAUUGCAAUCCUAGGCGUCAAUUUGAAUAUUGCUGAAAAGUGGGAUACCACAAUAAAACCAAACAGUGCAUUGAUUUCCUGCCUAAGAAGGUAUACUGACACAUUCUACAUUUUGCAAUUGAAAUAUUUCUCUUCUGCAAUUCAAUUGGAACCGGAAUUAUUUUUGGAUCACUUAAGCUUAAACGAAAUCACAGAAUCAUUAGAUUUACAAAAAUUGAAACUGUAUACUGAAAGUUUCAGAAUCUUCUUUCACUUACCAAGUUCAAAAGAAUUGAGGAAAAAAAUUUCAUUCAUGACUUCUGAUUUUUUCAAAACUUUAUUCUGUACAGCAUCAGAUAUUACUCUACAAACAUUUCCAUAUUUUGAAGAUAAAGUUGAAGAUAUUGUCAACUCUAUUUUAGAUGGAACUUUAUUGGACGAACAUGGUGUGAGGAAGUCAUUACAACUUGGAACACCAUCGUCAAUGACAUCUUUGGGAUCAUCUCCUGCGCAAAAUUCGUCGAUCGCCUCCUCACACAACUCUUUGGGAGAGUAUGAGACUCAAUGGUCGCCCUUAACAAUGUCUAACACAUCAGUUCCAUUAUCCCCGCAUCCAAUGACAACAUCACUCUCAAAUAGUGUCAUUUAUGGCCAGACUAACACCACUACUAGCAGUAACGAUCACCCAUUAUUUGCUCCUAAAGCAAAGCGCCCUUCUAUUAAUAAGAAUAGGACGUCUUUGAUAUCAGCAUCAAACGAUAACGAAUCUGUACUUGGUUUUACAGCGUCAGAAGAUCCACGUUCACCGUCAAUUUCAGCGCAACUUAUGACUGUAACGAGCUCAACACCUCUAUCUAGGAACAACAAAUCGCCAUUCAGAAACCAGAGAGCAAGAAGAUAUUCUGAGGAGGGCUCUGCAAAAUUCAUAAAAGGUAAAACAGGGUUGAUCUUAGAACAGCGUAUAGCUGUUGACAGUGAAGAUUCAAUGAAUGCAAGAUCAAUCAUGAUAAAUAUUUUUAGUAUCUUCAAAAGAAUGACGAGUCACUUUAUUUUACCUCACGACCAGAAUUCUGACCUUUCCUGGGUCAGGAAUGAUUUCCUAAAUAUCAUCAAACCAAUUUUUGUUGCCAUUAUCGAAGAAGACGAAACAUUACAGGAUACUGCACAAGCAUUCAUGGAUGUAGUAAUCAAUUAUAUCGAAAAUUUUAGUAAGAAUACUACCACAAUAACUGUUCACGGAUAUUUCCUCAUUUGUACAUAUACGAUAUGUCUAUUCUCACUGGCGCUCUUUGAUUUAAACAUCGACCCUAUCAAACGUGAAGCCUUAUUGGGUAUUGUUAUCAAUUUCCUGAAAUUACGUUCAUAUCUGGCAACAGCCUCCAAGGGCACACCUCAUAUAAAUUCAGUUUUGGAAGCAGAGAAAUCGACUUUUCAACUCACAUUAGGCAGUGUGGGACGUGCAAUAUUCGUUUCAUUAUACACCAGUGAGCCCAACAUCCAGAAACUUUCCAAGGCCGCGUUUACUCAAUACCAUAAUAUGAUUCAAUUACAUGAAAAUUUGGUUGGAACGAUAGAUCCAAGCUGGAUCUCAAAUAUUGACUUUGUAGAAGCCAUAUCAAAGGAUAAUAGUGUUGGUGCAACAGGUUCGGUAGCCUUUCAAAGAAGAGUAAGAAACACAAUUUUAAAGCAUGCUAGAAAGCCUGAUUCAAUUUUGCUCGAUUCCAUUCAUAUUAUUUUUAAGAAAUGGUACCACUAUACCAAAUUAAACAGAACUAGGAACCAGAGAGAAAUAUCAGAUCUAAGAAAUUUUGCAGGCAUACUGGCAGCGCUAUCUGGUAUCUUUUUAUCAUGCUACACUGCUCCUGAUAAGGAAUUUGAGCCAUUUAAAGAACAUAUCAUUGAAUUAACAAAAAAGUUCGACUAUUUUAUCUUCAAACAGUGUCAGUGGUUAGAUGAUGCUGAUUUAUUGACAAGAGAAAACUCAAGAGAUAUAAUAAGUAUUGAGCUACACCCACUAUCAUUCAGAGUAUUAUUCCAGCAUCUCAGAGGUAGGCUGGACGAAAUAGUGAACCAAGAUCUAUCUGUUUCUGAUAAUGAAUCAUCUUUUAUUUUGUUGGAGCAAGUUAUAAUUAUUGUGAGAACCAUAUUAAGGCGUGAUGAUGACGAAAAAGUGAUGAUUCUUUUCUCAAUCGAUAUCAUCGAACUAAUAGAUCAACUAGUGGCUAUCAUCAAAAAGAUGCCUCGUGACUCCCAAAAGUACUACAAAGCCAUUAUUCACAUGUCGAAAAUGUUUAAGGCGAUGGAACAUUCUGAAAUCAAUCUAGGUAUCAAACAUCAUUAUGUUUUGAAAAAUAAAUGGCUUAAAUUAGUGACGAACUGGUUUAAAUCCACCAUCAUGAAAGAAUGCGAUUUAGUCAACCUUUCAAAGCCGCAUAGAGAAAUGGAUUUAAAAAGACGUGAUCUGGACUUUUUAUACAUCGAUACGUCAAUCGAAGCCUCCAAGGCAAUUGCGUAUCUUACAGAAAGCGUUCCCCUGGAAAUUUACACCACAGCCUCAGAAGAAGAACUUCAAAGGUCAAAGUCCAUUAUAUUUGGUAACUAUUUUAAUAUCCUUUUGAAAGGGCUGGAUAGAAGUAAAUCUUCCGAGAAGUUUCCUGUUUCUUUAAGGCACAAAAUGAAUAUAUUGAACGAAAAUGUGACUUUAGCAUUGACAAAUUUAUCCGAUGCGAAUAUCGAGGCGAGUUUGCAAUUUACACUUCCAAUGGGUUAUUCUGACAAUAAAAAUACAAAGAUUGCCUUUCUCAAGGUAUUCACAAAUAACCUUUCCAAAUAUCCACUUCAAAACAUGAAAGUUGAAAAUGACAAACUCUUAGCAAUGGAUCAACUUCUGAAAUAUACAGUUGAAUACCCUGAACUAACAUUGUCUGCUGCCAUGGUUUGCCCUGCUCACAACUUAGAUGACUACGCUGCAGUACUGGUGAACGGUUUCGAAACCAGAAAUGCUGGUUAUAUUGUUGUUGCUCAGCUAAUAAAGGAUGAAAUUAAAAAGGCCUCGAGACCAAUGGAUAUUUUACGUAGGAAUAGUUGUGCCACAAGAGCACUUGCACUACUCUCGAAAUAUAAGGGUGCUGACUAUUUAUCACAUACCUUAAGAGCUCCAGUCCAACGUUUAGUUGACAAUCAGGCCUUUUUUGAAAUUGAGAAAUUGCAACCCGGGGAUCCCAACGCUGAGGCACAGUUACAAAUGUUUGUGAAAUGUAUGACGGAUAUCCUUGACUCAAUUACUGAUUCCAUUUCCUAUUUUCCCCAGGAAUUUUUUUAUAUCUGUCAAACAAUUUUCAAUGAGGUGAAGCAAAAAUUCCCUAACUACGCCUACGUUGCUGUCGGAUCAUUUCUAUUUUUGAGAUUUUUUUGUCCUGCCUUAGUUAGCCCAGCGACAGAGAAUAUCAUUGAAACUGCCUCUGCGAGAGAAAAGCGUCCUUUGAUUACUUUGGCUAAAGUUAUACAAAACAUAGCCAAUAGGGCAGACAAUCUGGCUAAAUGGCCAAUCUUAGAAGCAAAAAGUGCAUUUCUCCAGGAAUGUAGCUUAAAAAUCUUCAACUUCCUGACCGAUGUUUGUGACCCGACCAGAGAAGUCCAUAUAUCCAUCAGGUCUGAGGGUCCGCCAAAAUCUUUUGAUUUCGAUUUUCUCCACAAGUUUCUUUACAAUGAUGCGAUACAAAUUAGGAAGUUUCUCCUUAGAGAGCUUAAAACUAUGGACGAUUUCGGUUUUUUUAAGGAGACAUUUUUAUUUGUAGAUAGACUGUUAGGCCAACUAGGUCAACCGAAGAAAGUCUACAAUAAUGAACUUCCCGAAUUUAUUAGAUCAAAUAGCGAAAAGUACCCAAGAUUAUAUGAAUUCAUGAGUAGGCUGGCUUUCAAGAACUAUAAGGAAAUAGCCGGAGAAUAUUCAGUUGUACGUGAGUCUUUAUCAGCAGAUGGUUUACCAGUGGUUACCUUCACGUUGAGAAAGUUACAUUCUACCGGUUAUGAUAUCGAAACUGCUCUUUUCAAGUUAUUACAGGUAUAUAUGAGAAUUUGGACCUCAAAGCAUUAUUUCAUAUUGGAUUGUACUGAAUUUGAUAAGAGUGGGAUUGACUUGGUAAAAUUAGCUUCCUUGAUGAAGACUAUUUUACCAUCAUUUGUCGCGGGUAAUUGUGCUACCUACUAUGUAUUGAAUGCUAAUAAUGAUUUUAUUGAAUCAUGGUCAGCCUUUUUUGAGAGGGAAAACCCCUUCAUCUCAAAUAGAGUGGCACAUGUGUUUAUCAACUCACAUUCGGAUGAAGCUAUACUGAAAUCUCUCAAGUUCAACAGUGGAGGUGUAGAUGUUUUACUAGAUAUGCGUGUUUCUUUACACGAUAUUACAUUAUACGAUGAGAAGCACGACCAAAUGUUCCCUAUUUCGUUAAAGAUAGGUAAUAAAUAUUUCCAAGUUUUACAUGAGAUGCCUCGACAACUUGCCAUUGAAGACCUGGAACAGCGAAUAGAUCUAAAAAUAAACGAAGUGUUUGAGAUAUCUGAAAUUUUAUCUGUAAAUGUUUCAUCGUUUACUGGGGCUUCAGGCGAAUUUGUAGUAAAUUUAACGGAUCAAAGAAAGCUGAUAUUUUGUUGUCCUAAAUACCUAGAGAUCGUUAAAAUGUUUCACCAUGCUAAAGCAAGAGAAGAAAAUGAGUAUACUUCUGAAGAAGUUGUUUUAUCCCAGACAAUCAAGGGCCGUAUGUCCUUUGGAUCUUUGCACAAUAAUGAACUCGUCGGGCACUUGCUGCUUGUCAUGGCAGUAGGUUUAUUCAGUACUGAUAAAGAGGUCAAAAAUCUCUCGUAUAACCUUAUUGCAGCUACUGAAACUGCAUUUAAUCUAGACUUCGGUACUCAUUUCCACAGGGCACCAGAGGUAUUUGUUCCUGCAGAUGUAACUACAUUUUUGUCAUCAUUGUCAAAUUCGCUCUCGAAAAGUCAUCCUGAAUUAACUCCAUACAUAUGGAAGUACUUCCUUGAGGGGCUACAGAAUAGUGUUAUUCCAAGUAACUGUAUUCCACAGACAAUAUGUGUUUUAUCCUAUUGGGUUCCUAAUUUAUAUGAUUACGUCUAUUUAGGAGAUGAUGAGGAGGGAGCUGAAAAUUUGUCAAUGAUUUUCAGGUCCUUAAUAAAGUUGACUGUGAUGGAUGACGCUUUUGGAGCCAUAUAUUUACAUGAACUAUGGUUUUUGUUAUGUGCUGAUGGUAGAAUGCCUAAUAUUCUAGUUAAUGAAAUAGUCGGUCAUUGUUUAGAAAGAGAUUCUGAGAACAAAGACUGGGAUAAGACAGUGGCCUUGUUAGCAGGAUUUCCUACUAUCGAGAUCACUUCCAAUGUGGUCAAAAAGCUGCUUCAUAUUAUCAACUCUUUCCUACCCUCCUUGAAGAUGGAAACGCGAACACAUAGUUGGUCGGAACUCAAGAUUUUAAUAAAAGUUACAAUUUAUCUUUUCUUUGAGUCUCCUUUAUUGACUCAAAUGUUUCUCCCUGAAAUUUUAUUUAUAAUAUCGUUGCUGAUUGAUGUAGGUCCAACAGAACUUAGAUUAUCAUUAUUUGAACUGUUAAUGAAUGUUUGCAGUUCCCUAUCUGUCAACGAAGCUCUUCCAAUCGAGAACAAAAGGAAAAUAGAUGAGGUUACACUUGUGUUUUCGAGACAGAAGACUAAAUUUAUGUUCGGUUUUAGCCAAGAUAAAGGGAGGAUGCUGCAAAAAUUUAGUGCAUCAUCUUUUGCUAGCAAAUUUUCUAUUUUGGAUAAUUUUGUUUCCAAUAUACUACUCCUAAUGGAAUACUCGUCAACUAUGGAAUCAAGACAAUGGAAGAGCAAAUACAAGAAGUAUUUGACGGAUUCUAUUUUCAAUAACGAUUCAUUUCUGUCAGCUAGAGCUAUGAUGAUCUUAGGUAUAUUAGGCAAAAACCAUACUUCUGAAGGUCUCUGUAAAAAUUUAUUAAUGGAAACUAUGAAAAUUAUGGCCUACUCAAGAAUGACUGAUGAACAGUUAUUUCUAGUUAUUUCACAGAGUUUCACGUAUAGCAAAUUAGUUGAGGGUUUGGAUCCAUCUUCAGAACUUUUGAAACGCAUGUUUUGGUUAGGCGCGCUCUUUGCUGAUUCUUUGCAUCCUGGUGUAUUUGAAGGUGGUUUAUUGUUAAUGUCGAAUUGUGUUGAAAGACUAUAUGAUUAUCAUUUCCAAAACACUAAUAAUAAAGAACAUCUUUCUUUGGUUCUUAUGAAAGCAAAGGAUUUUGCAGUGAACUUAAUUUCACAACUUGAUGAUGUAAGUUAUUUUAUCUGGCGUGAAGACACGUUUACGCAAACAAUGCUUGCUGUUUUAUCAAAAGGUCUUUCUAUCCCCUCUGUUAAAUCAACUGCUACGAAUUUCCUACGUUUUCUAUUUAGAAAUAGUUAUCGUGAGCAAAUGCUAUACCAAGGCACGGAUCAAUACAAGAGUUAUGCGUUCUUGCUUUCUCUAGUAAGUGGAAACGAUCAGUUUGAUGAAAUAAUGAAGGAUAUAGAAUUUGAUGGAGAAGUGGUUAAUUUAGGCGGUCAGUUCAAAAUGCCCAAAUUUUUAUGCGAAUGGCUUGAAUCUGAUACUUUAUGCCCAAACCUGGCUCUGUACCAAGCUGCAUCGCUUUUCACAAGCCCAAACUUUGAUGAGCCAAGCAAAUUAAGGUUUACGCUAAUCAUGAAAUAUCUACUGAAUAAGAGCCCCAAGGUAUUAUUUAAGUUUUAUUCAGUUGUUAGACAAGAACUGAGAAAAUUUUCAUCAUAUGACCAAAGCUCUGGAUGUAUGGCCGUAGUGUUUGAAAUUGCCAGUGCAGUCGUGCAGUUCGAGGAAUAUUAUAAGCUAAAUCAAUAUAAUGAAGAGUCCUUGCAAACUUUGAAAAAGCUAGAACUGAAAAUAUUUGACGGUGCUCAACUUUAUCAAGAUUCCAAAGAGUUGACAGAACCACUAACUGGAUCAGGCCGAAUGAUAUUAUAUCGUAGAAAGAAGAUAAUAACAAUGGUAAUAUCAAGAAUGGCACGUAGUUCUUGA